AUGGCUGAGCAAUCACCAUUUUGCUCUUCCUUCUCUCAUGGGUGGACUUAUGAUGUCUUUCUCAAUUUCAGAGGUGAAGAUACUCGCUUUGGUUCUGCUAGAAACCUCUACGAGGCUUUACAACAAAAAGGUAUCCAUACUUUUUUAGACGAUGAAAGGCUUAGAAAAGGAGACAAGACACCGUCACUUCUCAAAGCAAUCCAAGAUUCUGGAAUGGCUAUCACUAUUUUCUCUAGAAACUAUGCUUCCUCUGCAUUUUGGUUAGAUGAGCUUGUUCAGAUCCUUGAGCAUAUAAAUAAAAAAGGUAGACUGGUUUUGCCCAUUUUUUAUAACGUGGAUCCAUCAGAAGUACGACGUCAAAGAAAAAAUUAUAGAAAAGUAUUUGCUCAGCAUGAGAGGAGGUUUAAAAAUGACAAGGAGAAGGUGCAAAAAUGGAUGCAGGCUCUACAAGAUGCUGCUAAUCUCUCGGGUUUCCAUUUCAAACCUGGAUGUCAAUACGAAUAUGCUUUUAUCAAAGCGAUUGUUAAAGAGGUCACUAGGAGAAUCAACCGCAAGCCUUUACACAUUGCCAAUUUUCCGGUUGGACUUGAGUAUCGAGCGGGAAAAGUAAAUUCUCUUCUAAAUGUCGAUUCUAAUGAAGGGGUCCAAACGGUAGGAAUAUGUGGCACUGGUGAAAUAGGAAAAUCAACAAUUGCUCGAGCAAAGAUAACUUCUCAGGUUUUCUGUCCUGAUGAAAACAGGAGUUUGUCGACUUGA